AUGGAUAAUGAUGAGUUUCCGCUCAGGGCUCACGAAAGUGAUGAAAAAGCCGAAGAAUUCAUGAAUACCAAUCUUGAAGCUAAGGCUAAGAAAUAUAAGGAGUAUGAAGAAGCAGCAAUAAAAUUGAAUAAUUUGGUUUUUGAUACAAAAGACUGUCCAUUUUACGUUCAUUCUUUUCGAAUUCAUGGUACACAAAAGACGCGUCAAUCUCUAUUUGAGUCGGUGGUUUACUCUGCGUUACAAGCUCGCACAUUGGGUUCGAUCAUCGAUGAAGUUCACUUAGCUGCAGACAAAUUAAAUCGUCUUGACAUUUUUAAGCAUAUCGAUGUAUUUCUUGAUAAAAGUAGUGACCCACUUGCACAGCCUGGAGCUAUCGAUGUCAUCCUAUCUACAGAAGAAAAAAGUAGAUUUUGGAUAAAGACCGGGACUGAAAUUGGCAAUGACGCGGGAAGCGCGAAUAUUUCCUUAAAUAUUCGAAAUGUUUUUGGUGGCGCAGAAACAUUGGAAACCUAUAUGUCAGCUGGAACACAGACUUCAUACGUAUUUGAGUUUUGUUUAGCAAAACCAAUUAAUGGGAAUCCAGAUUCCAAGGUUGACAUUUCGGCAUAUAGACUAACAAAAAAUAAUCAAAGCUUUAGUUCCCAUGAUGAAAUAUUACAUGGAAUUGCAUUAAGAUGGAGAGUUCUUUCUAAAUUAGGAUUUCACGAAUUAACUUAUGGAACGUCAUGGAGGCAAAUUUGCAAUAUUGCUAAAGAUGCAACAUUAAGUAUACGGGAAUCGGCAGGACAUUCUUUAAAAUCGUCUGUGGCACAUACUUUAGUGCGGGAUAUGCGUGACGAUAUAAUGUUGCCUUCGCGCGGUUAUUACAUUAAAUUAUUUCAGGAACUCGCAGGAUUUAAUGGAGACGUUUUCUUUGUUAAGAAUGAAUUUGAGAGCCAAAUUAACUUUCCUCUCGGUAAAGGUUUUAUCUUUAGCGCGUCACUAAGGAAUGGAUUAUUAUUCCCAUUUAAAACUCAGCAAUCAAAAAUUAGCGAUAGAUUUUUCCUUGGUGGUGCGCAAUCAGUGAGAGGAUUUAAACUGAAUGGAAUGGGUCCAAGGGAAGAUAAAAAGGAUUCACUUGGAGGUGAUGCUUACGUUGCGGCAGGCGUAAGUCUUUUCACUCCAUUGCCUAAGUUGAGCAGACAUCCAGUAAAAGGACAUUUUUUCGUAAACGGAGGAAGUUUGAUGCAAAUAAAUCCAUCUCAACGACUUGCUGUUAGCCUCAAUAAUCUUGCAAAAAUGCCUAGUGUAUCAGCAGGCGUGGGAGUUGUGUACAGAAGUAGCAUUCUAAGAUUGGAAGUAAAUUUCUGUUUGCCAUUAAUAGCAACAAAUACUGAUAAGUUAAAAAAGGGUCUACAAUUGGGGUUAGGGUUUAAUUUCUGGUGAACAAAAUAUUUAUUAUUUAAUAAAAAAAAACGUAUAUCAUCAGUAAAUAAAUAUAUAUAUAUGAAAAUGUUAUAUUUUCCAGUUGUUAUCGUUUAAUUUUCCCUUUCCCAUGAUUAGGCGUCCAGGGUCCUAAACUAUCAUUAGCAUAAAAAUCCAUUGGAUA